AUGUGUGACGUGAGGAAAUGCAAGGACAGCUCAUGGAACGCUUAUGAGAGGGAACCUCCUAGUUUCAUCACACGUCACAAUCAGGGGCAGAAUGUCCACCUGGAGGAUGAGCUGCAUUUGGAACACCUUUUGCUGCUGCGGGAAGCCUUCGACAAUCACGCGCCCUCAGCCGUGGCGUCCGGACCGGCGGGAGGGGUAGAAGAACUGGUCCGCAGAGUUCGGAGGCCUGGCAGGGGAUUUACGAGACAGGAGGGCAGGAUGAACUCGGAGGAGUUUCAGGCAGCCCUGAGGGCUCUGCUCGGCUCCGAGCGCUGGGACAGCCAGACGGAACAACUCUUCAACAAGGUGGAUGCAUCAUGCAAUGGCUACGUGGACUGGGACAAGCUGUGCUCCUACUUGCUGCUGCAGCACAGGGAGAAAGAGUUCGCGGCCCGGCCCCGAGACUCGGUUCUGAGCUCCCAGCCGCUGGUCCGACACUGCGUUCACAACAAGCAAGAGACCACGACACGUGUCCUAGCAGUGACCCACCCUCUGCCCCUGCGCUUCUUCAGUGUUAGUAAGCAAGGCACAAUGACCAUCUGGGACAGCAACCUGGACAUUCUCAGAACUCACGAGGUCCCAGGGGACUCCAGCGAGAGCCAUGGAGACAGGAGGAAGUUCAGGAAGUGGACAACUGAUGCUGUCUACAUGCCCAAUGUCCACAAGAUUGCGGUUACCACAACCAGCAGGGACAUCCACUUCUUUGAUGUCUCAACAUCCAAGUGCUUUGAGGAGUUCCACCUGUUUGGGAUAAAAAAUGUGCCAACCUCACUUUGCUACUGGUAUGACGAUAAGUCUCCAGGACACCGUUCUGUGCUGCUAUGGGGGGACGACAGUGGCGGUGUUAGCCUGUUGUGGUUCCUCCACCCUCAAAAAGGCAUGUUUGAGACCACCUUCAGCAACAAUAAUCGUCCACAGAAAAUCUUCAUGCAUGAUAUUUGCAAUCACAGUCGACUAGUUUCCUAUCAGAUGGCACAUAGGAUUCACGAGGAUCCGGUCAACAGGGUUAUCUGCGAUCCCCAGGCUGACCUGCUCAUUACUUCAUCGACAAGUGCCACCACCUCGGUGGUCAUUACGGACAUAUCCUUCAAGAAGAAAUGCUAUAUCUGGAAAAUCAACAAGGGUGUCACAUGCUUUGACUUCUGCAAACCCCUGAAUCUGUUAGUGACGGCAGGCAUGGACCCAGCUGUGAGGCUGUGGAACCAAUAUGUGACCAGCCGCCCAAUGGCGACCUUGCAUGGACACUGUACCACAGUUCUGGAUGUGGUCAUCUACAAGGCAAUGGGACAAAUUUUCAGCUAUUCAAAGGAUGCUGUGCUGAAGGUGUGGGACGUCCCGUCGCAGAGCUGUCUAAGGAGCCUGCUGCUGAAGUUCCCCUGCGUGCAGGCAGGGCGCCCCCUGGAGCAUGGCAACUUCCCCUUCCUGCUGCUUUCAGCUGUACCCCACAUGCUGCUUGUGUCUUGUCGCGACUACCUGGGCUUACUGCACCUGGACCGUGGAGACUCUGGGAGGGCAGGCUGCCUGACUCACAGUGCCCCCAUCUCCAGCGCGCUUUACAACCCCAUUCUGAAGCAGGUGGCAACGGGAUGCGAUGACUCCACAGUCUGUCUGUGGGAUGUGGAGACAGGAGCCAAGUGUCUGCAGCUGAGCAACGUCCAUGGGAAGGAGGAGAUCACCUGCAUGACCUUUGACUUGUCGUACCGCCGGCUCAUCACUGGGGCACGCAAUGGCACCAUCAAGGUGUGGAACGUUAUAAAUGGGCAGAAUCUUCACAAGCUCGAGGCCAUCGCUGAGGCCGAGGUCACUGGGGUCAUCUGUCUCCCUGACAACAAACUGCUGGCGGUGGGCUGGAGCCAACAGAUAACUCAGUAUAAUAUCACAGACCCUAACGUUGUUUACAUUCAGGCUGACCUGUCAUGGAAAUCCGGCCAGGUGCACAAGGAAGACAUCCUGGCUGCGGAUCUUUGCUCAGCCAGAGGCCUGCUGGCCACAGCCAGCUUUGAUGGGGAGAUCAUUAUCUGGACCUUGGAAACUCAGAGACCCCUACUUCACAUACACAGAGCCUCUAACAUCAGGGUGCAGCCCCCAGUGGACAAGCUGCUGUUCCUGCAGCAAAGAGCGCGCGGGGGCCAGUGGAGGACAGGGGCGCUCCUUGUCAGCUCGGAGGCCGGCCACCUCUGCUGGUGGAGCAUUGUUGGUCCCGAGCACAAGCAUGGAUGCUUCUAUGCCCCCCAGACGGCUGAUGAAUGUGUGCUGGGGCUGAACUCUGACCAGGACAAUAGGCUAUUGGUGUCUGGUGAUACCGCAGGCUCCAUCCAAGUGUGGGACAUCUCGCAGUUCGGACUUGGGGCUGAGAAGCAGUCCUCUACAGACCAACCCCCGCUCUUGCACUGCUGGAGGGCUCACGACAGCACACUGGUCAGCGUGGAGCUCCUGACCUUCAAUGACCAACUUUUCCUUUUAAGUGCCUCAACAGAUCAGACAGCUCGUCUGUGGUGCUGGGAUGGCCAAUAUGUGGGCUUCUUUGGGCAGGAUCAGAAAUGGAACCUCCACGAUCCCACAACCUACCAGCUCUUGAGAGACCCCUGGGGUAAUUGUAAGGUUGCAGUGGAGGAGGUUGGGAGCGGAAGCAGGCAGUCGUACGGCUGUGAGGACCAGGGGCCAGGAAAGGCAGCCGCUACUGGGGAGAGUCAUGGUUCUAGAACACAAACGUCAUCUCCACCGAAGCAUGGGAUGAUUCUGGAAGGCUCCAUCAACCCACAGGGUGAUUCUCAUCAGACAGCAAACAAAACGGCUGCACUGAGGCCGCAGGUGUCACAGGACCUGCAGAAGAGGAGAGCUGCUCGGCAGGAGCGCCGCUUAGCUUUUCGGAGCAUAGAUGCUAGCAAGAUGUCUCGUGUCAGUGGUGUCUGCACACCGUUCCAGGCCCUAGCCAUGCAGGAGUGCAAAGAGUUUCAGCUGCCCAGGGAUUUACCCAUGAGCACCUGGAUGCUGAGGCAGGGCUUGAGGAGCAUCCUAGAAACAGGUCUGGGGUCUUCACCUCAGUCAACAUGCAGCUCCAGCACUGAACGGGCAGAGGACGUGGUGUGAGCCCACGCACUGAGAACGACUAGCCUCCACCAUCCCAUAUCCUCCCGGGGCACUGUAGCCUAACGGAAGGAACGUAGCACAUCGGUGCGGACACACUAGUUGAGACAGUCCAGGAGUCCGGUUGACUGAACUUUCAGUUAAGCGGUCAGCUACUGGCAAGAUAUACAGUCAUGUAUCCCUUUCUGUUAUUACGACUACUGCCAUUACCGAUUAUUGUGCCAUAAAAAAUAUUACUGUUUAUUGUGCCAUAAAUAUUCCCGUCAUUCACCAAACAAGGUAACAUACUAAUUUUGACGGCAAUUCAGGCUAAAACUCACAGGAGCAGAUCAAACAAAUUCAGCAAUAAAGAGUACGAGUUACUUUCAGGAAUAAUAAACAAAAUUAAAUUUUUUACAGCUCUUCAGUGUCGGUUAAACUUUUUCUACUCCUCUUGAGUGUUAAACAAAAAUAGAAAAGAUUACUUAUUUCCAGUGUCCAGGAACAGGUGUAAUAACAUGUUAAAUUAAAGAAAUACAACUUUGACAUUUGUGUCUUUAACUGAUGAUAUAUAAGUUUUCAGUCGGAAGUGUAAAUUUGUUAACCACUGCGCCAUCUGCAGCUUUGUCUGCGCCUAAAAACAAACAAACAAAAAAAAAAAUCCCAGACAGUGAUGUCUGCAAUGACCAGCUGCUUCCUACCCACACUACGCCGAAGCCUCCUCUGCCCGGGUCGCCCUGUGGGCUUCGGUGUCAACACAUGCCAAUUAAAAGUGUCUGAUCUCACAGCCUGCCAGCUAUUUAAAACA